GAUCCAAAGUACCAGCUAACUCUAUCUUGUUGGAUUUCAUUCAUGGUACACACAACCAGGUUGCAAGUUGCUAGCUAUCAUUAUCAUGGGGACCCACCAAACCAAGAAAGUAAUUAGAAGCAAUCCAUUGUUCAUGCUUUUUCAGAAAUUAGUAAUUUCUUCUUCUUCUUUUUAUCCCCUUGCACGUUUCAAUCAAGAAGCCGUUUCAAUUUUCAUGUCUAUUCUUUAAUUCUUUUUCCUUUUCCUCUUCUUUUUGUUUUCAAAAUAUAAAGAGAUAAAAAAGAGUUUUGGGUCCACAUAAAACUCUGUUGAAGUCUGAGCUCAAAUGGAGUUUUAUUUAUUUAAGUGUCUCUAUGGAUGAUCAAAGAGGUUUUGGCUUCUGAUUCUGAAAAAAAAAGAAGGAAGAGAGAGAGACGGGGGGUUUAGGCUGCUGGGCAUCACUAACUUGGCCUUUUACACCAAAAAAUCGAAGCUGAGAGGAUUGCAAUCAUACUACUAAGAUACAAACUGGAAAAGUCUAAAACCUGUUGCUGCGGGGCAAAUUUGUGAUCACUAUGGACCUGAAAGGGAUAACAUGGGUUGGUGAUUUUUAUCAGAAGUUUGAAGCUAGGUUGUUGGAAGUGGAAGAAAUUAUGUGCGAGGAAGCAGUUAAAUAUGUGGAAAAUCAGAUGCAGACUGUUAGUGGUAAUGUGAGGAAAUUCUAUUCGGAUGUCAUGCAAGAUUUGUGCUCUCCAGAUUCAGAGGUUCCUGCAAAUGGGGCAGUCUCUAAGUUGCCUGUAGAUUUGGGAGCAGCUGAUGUUGGGGUCCACUUGAAGCCAGAUGAUGGUGCGAAAGAAACAUGUGAGAAGGCUGAUGAUUUGAGGCUGUUGACUGGGUAUUCAAAGAUGACUACUGAUCAUGGUCCUGACCGUCUCCCAGUACGUGAAAGGAUUUCUAUCAGAAGAAUCUCAAGGCAACAUAGUAAAGGAAGUCUGUCCAAUAAAUCAAACCUGGACAUGCAUGGAAACUCUAAUUGCAAGAAUGUGUCUCCAAAAGAGACAUCAGGGAUCACCACACCUUCGAGUAAACAUCUGAUUGGAUACUCAACAAUUUCUGAACAUUCUGAUCAAAAUCUGGAAGCAUCUUGUGACUGGAAUGCAAGACUUAUAACUCCAGGGUCUGUUGAAGUUACAGAGCAUUUCUCCAUAGAAAAAAGUAAAAAAGAGAUUGAAAAUGCAAGGGAGCACAUGCUUGAUAUUUCAUUCUAUAAACCAUCAUUGGAUAUGGUUAAUAUCACUGAAACUGGCAGGCAUGAAGGAACAAACAGGAGGCCUUCCAGCUUCAACAUAUUAGAAGAAUCAAAUGCUGCAGGUGUUUGUUUAAACAAUGGGUUGUUUUCUAUGACAGACUUUUCUGCAAAUGGGAAUAUGCAGACUACCAAAUUUGCAUACGAGGAGGAUUUUGUGUCUAAUUCAGAUGAAUGGGGAAUAGAUUCAGACAAAGACGGUACCCUCAUUGAAGAGGAUAUGGAAAUCAUCCAACAAGUGGAUAAGGCUCAGCUUGAGGAAACCUGUGUUUUAAUGAAUGGAGAUGAACUUGAUGCUUCUCGUGAAGGCAAAAACAAGCCUUACAAGAUCAGUUUUCAAAAGCUUGUGCUGCUUUCUUGCAUACAAAGCUGGAUGUGCAUCGCUUCUAUACUGUUGAUAGCUUGGUAUUGUUCAGGUAUCUCACUGGUAUCAUCAUGCUUCCAAUUGUUUUCUCAAUAAUUUCUUUUGCUGGGUCAGGAAAUGUACACAUAGGAUUUAACCAUGAUGGGUUGUGUUUUAUUGUUACACUGGUGUUGUGGUGAUAUGCCACUGAAAACGAUGGUUGUUUUGGUCGCAUCAAGGUGGCGAAUGAUCCAACAAGGCCAGGUCCUAAUGCCUUUAUUGAAUGCAGAUUCAGUCAUUUCCUCUGCUAAUUUUCCUUUGUAUUGGAACAAAUCCCACCUGCAAAAGUUGACAUCCACUUUGACAUUAUUUGUCUUUCAAAUUCCACAAGUUGACUAACCUUGUCAUUGUAGCUUUACCAGAAACUUAUGGCUUGAGCUUCCCACUGUAAACCACCAGGUCAUGGCCACUGUUGAAAACCAUGGCAUCGUCUCCCCGGCACUUUUGGGCUAAGGGCGACAGUUUGUCAAGAAGCCUUAGAACUCUGCUCCCGUUUCUUGCUUGUGUUUCCCUAAAAUGGGCUCAACAAAACUCCGGUAACAGGAGUAAAAUCCUAUGUUUCAAGUUUUUCUUAAGUUGAUUCAUGGUUAUAAUUCAACUAAUAGAAUCACUAGGGGAUUAGAAACAGAGUAAAAUAUUGUAAUCUUACCUGUGCUUUGAAGAACUUAUAGACACAGCCUCCAUCAGUAUGAGCUCAAGAAGAAGGUAUGGCAGAAUGAAGAAGGCAAGCUAGAGGUUCCCAUUGGUUUC